AUGCUAAACUGCUUCAUAAGUGAUUGUUUCCUCUUCCUGUCUGACCGUCCCGCUCUGUCCUGUUUCUGCAGCACCGUGACGUCCGCCGUCUUCACCGUGGGGGACAACGUCGUCUCUGGAAGCGACGACCGCACCGUGAAGGUGUGGGACCUGAAGAACAUGCGAUCGCCCAUAGCAACCAUCCGUACCGACUCAGCUGUCAACAGGAUAAGCGUCUCGGCCAACCAAAGGAUCAUCGCCCUGCCGCACGACAAUCGACAAGUCCGCCUGUUUGACAUGAGCGGGGUGAGGCUAGCCCGACUUCCACGCAGCAACCGGAUGGGUCAUAGGCGAAUGGUGUGCUGCACAGCAUGGAAUGAGGAGAACCAGGCGUGCAACUUGUUCACCUGCGGCUUCGACCGGCAGGCCAUCGGCUGGAACAUCAACAUCCCCGCCCUGCUUCAGGAGAAGUGACCCAUCCAGACCCUGCCCUUUUUAUUUAGCAUGGACUGUGAUUCGUGCCAUUUCUGUGGAACUACAUGUUUGGUUUUGUGUGUGUGUGUGUGCAGGCGGUCACUCAUGUCACCGUUUUCCGUUUUUCUUUUUAGUCAUUGCCAAAUAGCUUCUUCUGCAUGCUAGACGACCUCGGUUUGCAGACGCUGCUUCAAAAGCAGUCGGAGAACAAUCUGUAGAGUAUGUAUAUAAGAUGUUGUGGCCUGAUUAAGUGACAGAUUCAGUGUCUUAGCCGCCUUCUGGGAGGUGCAGUUUGUUAAAUAUGGCAGAGCUGUGAGAUGUUUUUAUCCUUCUGGAGCGUUUCCUGUCACAGAACCAAACAUAUCGCGACGUACGUCUGCCACGUCUUAAAACGGAGAGCUCAGCAGACGGAGAUCCGGAUCCCCGCCUCCUCUCUUCAGUUCAUGGUUAGCCUUCGUGUUUCCAGAUCUCACUUUCUGUUACUUGCCUUGUUCUACGUUUACAUAGGAGAUUUUUUAAAUGUAUAGAGAAAGAUUUAUUCUGGCAGGAUGAAGAGGUGUUGAAGAGCGACGCAAUAAUGGAGAAACGACGGCACUUAACCAGUCCACAAAUCCUCCAGCUGCCUGUGAAAGUCAUUAGAAAACCCAACGUGUUGCUGUUCUAGAGGCCCACAUAAGUUUGCGUACGGUCAUGCAGUACAGUGGGAUGAAGGGUUUUUAAAAACAACAAUUGGCUGUGCUAGCUUGAAUUUACAGAGAGUUUUCAAUGUCGUCUACGUUGGCAGAUGGAUAGUUUCCUGGCAAAAACUGCAUUGAAGCAGGUCAGGGACAGAGGUUUGACUUGUUUGUACAUCAGUCAGCUCUAUCCAGUCAUCUGAUCUGAACACUCGGUUGUAUCCAAGUUGAGCCAAAUCUUCACCAUCUUGUGGAAGGAAAUCGGCCAGAAUGUUGAAGAACAACCCAACGAGGCCCAGGCAUCCGCGCCUCCGUCCACAGUGAUGUUAGUUUGAUAUCGGUGGCCAUUGACGAUGAAAGCAGCCACAGAUACACUCAGAUAAGUCGCAGGUUGAGGUGAAACGUAUUUGGUGGACUCAAAGGCUUGAACAUCAGCUCAACAGUGUCUUCCUCGAAACAUGGACACGUCGACCCUAAUCUGUGCUUAAAGCUGCAGUAUAUGUACCGAUUUAUUU